AUGGGCAGCACUGAUAUGACGGCACUACACGCCGUGCUUACGGCUGAUGUGGAGAGAGAGGCCCUGAAGAAGCAGGAGGCGGAAUUACUGGCAAAGGAAGAUAAAACUCCCGAAGAAGAGACGAGACUAUUGGAGAUCUACGCGGACUUGGAGGAGAUCGAAGCAGAUAAAGCAGAAUCCAGGUAUGGCUAUCUUGUCCACCCAUAG